UUGAUGAUGUCGGACAGGGUCCGACAAUGGACCGGAUAGGAAUAAUUGCAAUGUCUGACCAGGUCCGACAAUGGACCGCAAAGGGUUAACUUUGUUAUGCAUUACAAUAGACUAAAACCUUGUUUCGAUAUAGGUAUCCGGGAUGAGGAACAUCUAAGGAAUGUCCAGGCCCAGAGGAGAUCGCUGGAAAGUGGACUACAGCCUCCAUCCUCUCCCAGGAGACAGUUUCCAGUGGACUGGGGAGUACGACAACGAGGAGCAGAGACUGUCAAGGAUGCCUGGGAUGGAGAUGGAGGAAGCCCCUGUUCAGCUUCGGGAGGAUCCUGGUUUGCCUAUGGUGGAGGACAUGGGUCCACCUGUGGACUCCCUCCCUCUGCGAACCGAAAGAAGACCUUCCUCUGGAGGGCGAGGGCGCAUCCUUACUGCUCAGCAGGAGAUGGCCAUUGUGGACAUGGUGGUGACACAAAAUGAUAUACGCCUCAGGGACAUACAGCAAAACAUCUUAGGAAAUAAUGAAACAUUCCAAGGGGCUGAGACCAUAAGCACUACCACUAUAGCACACAUUCUGAAAAGGCACCAAAUAUCUAUGAAGCAGAUAUAUUUGGUUCCUUUCCAAGGAAAUGAGGACCGAGUCAAGGCAUUACGACGUGAAUAUGUUCAAAGAAUGAUGGAAUUGGAUGCAGGGGUCAACCACCACGAAUUCAUCUACAUGGAUGAGGCAGGCUUCAACCUGGCCAAACGUCGACGACGGGGUCGGAAUGUCAUUGGACAACGAGCCACUAGUUGA